CCCCAGGAUCUAGCAAUCCAACUAUGUAUGCCGCCGGUUGACGGGCUAGACGGCUCGGUAUAAUAAUAUGGUGUACCCUGCUUUUUUUUUUAGUUUCCCUCCCUUUUCUUUUCUUUCUUCUUUUUUUCUUAAGUAUCGACGGCCUUGAUGGCCAAAAAGCCGGGGAAGCAAAAAAAAAGAGGGACGGACUUGAACGGGGUCAAUUGCACGUCAAGUAGAACAAGAUGGCGAAAUCGGCCAAAGCUGCAUUUCCUUACUUUCCCUGCUUUCCAAUUGUUUGGCGCUGGCUGGUCUUGACUGGUUGGCCCGGUUGGCUCAUCGAAGCGGUCAAAAAAGUGGUGAUCCUGUCCCCUAAGAGCCGACCAGCCGCCAGACCAGCGCCAAAGCAAUUUGCAUUUAGGGUCUUAGGGUCUUGCUUUGUUCACCUUUGUGGUGCUUUGGGGCCCGAAUGGCGACAUACUAGACCGAUAACCUUCCGAAGUACCGGGCCCCACUACGGCUGUCGGGGCUUCGACAGCUCAGGGAUAGCCUGGUGGGUCUGGGUGUCCGAUAUACUGUAUUAUACAGUACUAUUAGGUAAUCGAUUCCUUCCACCAGUCUACCUUACCGGAACUCCGACAGCCGCCAGCCCCCUGUGGCUUGAUCUCGCCAUUUUCACGAAAUCUUCCGUCGUUUGCGUAACAAUAGGUAUUAUAUCACCCGUUACAGAUAUCAUUUUCUAGAUGUCUUAAAACUUACCUAAGCUUAGUACCUAAGAUACUAAUGUUGGCCUCAGGCUUACCCCUGAGCACGCAAUCAGUCGAUAGCGUUGUGUACUUCGUAUUGUAUCUUUAAUUAACUAAAUCUUAAGUACGAAGUAGUUAAGCUCUCUCAAG